AUGUUGAAUGAGUUUGAUGCGACUGCAAAAGGCAAAGCUACUUCUUCGUUGACAUCGGUUGAGCCAUCAGGCGAUGUCAAUGACGUAAACGAACCCGUGGUCGACCAGGCUGCAGUGACCACGCCUCCCGUCAUCGGAGGACAGCUCAAGAACACCCUCGGCAACAUCGGCGACAUGCUGGACAGCGACUUUACAACGGCCGACGGUCAGACCAUCCCAAGGAAAACCAUGGUGGCCACCGCAUGCGUCAUAUUCACCGACUUCACAGCGACUUUCAUCGCCUUCGCCAUCCUCGUCAAUAUCGGCAAAUUCGGAGAGGAGUUUCUAGGUUACGACCGCGCCCAGCUCGAUAAGUCGAUGUUGAUUAUGUCCGGAGUCGAUGCCGCGUUCUUUUUGCUGAACGGGUGCUUGACGGAUGUUUAUGGAAAGUACUAUCGAGCCCUUCAUAUCUACAGUGUAAUCUGUCUUGUAGGUACCCUCAUCUUACCCCUGCUUACCUACAGUUGGUCCGUCUUCGGCCCCUCCUAUGUUAUAUCCAUCCCAAUUCGUCGAAUCGUCUUCUACACAGCUCGAGUCAUUAUCAGUUUGGGAGUCACCGGCAUCAACACCACGGCCCCACCCUUGGCAGGCAGGUUGGUUCAGAUGUAUGGUAAGGCGAGCGUCCAAAGUUGCUUUCACUACAUUUACAUGGCGGUACGAAGUGCUAACCUGCUUGCUGUCACAAGCCUAGCCUUCAUCCAACUCAACAUAUCCUUCUUCUCUGGAUACCUAUCUACCCUGGCGUUUAAACUCCUCAGUAUGUACUGCUUGUUCUACUGCCGAAAGAAAUUUCAUCUGAACACCGAUCACAGAGAGACAGUAGCUACGAAGGUGACGAGAGAAGCAGCCGGUGCCAUUAUGACCAAACUGUCAAUGAUUUGCCCCUGCUGCACCAACCUCCGCUCUUCCGUCCAAGCCAUGGAGGAAGAAAGCAUGGAGCUGAUUAGUCAGAGCACCAUCAAGUCCAUCUCCUCGACCAGGGCAGGGGUUGUGGCUGUUGAGAAAACACUGACGAAGUUGUCUACAGCAGCCGGCCCCUCUGGAAGUGCCUCGGUAGCCUCGACCACGGAUCCAGCUACAACAUCUACCUCGUACGGGACUGUUGAUGUGAAAGCAUCGGUUCUGUCUACAUCUGUCAACCCCUCGGGAACGGGAGGUGCCUCCGUAGAAACAUUCUCUACUGUUGAAGUGAGCGUAGAGGAAAGAACAGAAGUUCUUCCAGAAACAGCCAGCCAUGCCUUGUAUGUCUGCUGCGCCAUUCUGCUACUCUCCUGCCAAGUGCCCUACAGUAUCCUGCGUUAUCAGAUCUCCUCAUCCUUCAUCAGUCAGGCUGAACGCAUGAGGCCGACGGUUCUAGGAAAAGAUAUUGAUCCCGCCCUCCUCCAUCGAUAUCUUCCGCUGCUUGGUAUUGCACUCGCUCCAGUCUUUGAAAUUUACAUCUACCCCUACAUCAGUAAGAGGUUCAUUACAAUGACGAUGCCCAACCGAAUGAAGAUUGGGAUCGUCUUUGCCACCUUGGCGGUUUUAUUUGCCGCCUUCGUGGAGACGGCUCGGAUGACGUUCAUCCACCGAGGCCAGUUCUUAGACCAGGAUGUACACUGA